AUGCCUAUACCUGUCAGGCCAUCGGCCUACACAUGCGCCCGCUGUUUAACUCUCUCGAGCGCUAGGCGCACCUUCUCCGUCUCCUCCAUCACACAAGUUGCACCGAGGCGCAAUCAAGAUUUCAACUCUGGCUUCACGAGCAGCUAUGAUCCGUCCGCUGAUUCCGGUCGUGGACCCAUGUUCAAUAAGAACAACUUCGGCGUCCCUCAGUUCUAUCCCCGGGACCUGAAGAAGCGCGUCGACGAUUACGUCGUUGGCCAAGACCGGGCAAAGAAGACGAUAUGCUCUACAAUUUUCAAUCACUACCAGGGCGUACGGAGGAGAAGACACCAGGAUCAUGAAGAGCGUAACACUAGGGAAAAGGCCCAGAGGCAGCGUUAUGCCCGGGAUAGGGACUUGCACGAAAGACGGGAUGUCCACCCCGUUCAAGGUCAGCGAAGUCGCCACUCUGCCUUCCAGCGCUUUCGUGCUGAUGAAGAAUGGCCUCAAGAUGAGUUUCCUGGCCAUGCUGAGUCUACGCAGCAUUUGGACGAAGGUUACAGUUCGUCAACUGGUUUCGAUGGUUCGUUUUUGGCCGAAGAACCCGCCACUCCACCUCAGGUCAAGAUUGACAAGAGUAACUUGCUACUCAUCGGUCCCACUGGCGUUGGAAAAACGUACAUAUUAGAGACUCUAAGUAAGAAGCUCAACGUGCCAUUCACAAUAGCCGAUUGCAAUUCCUUUACCCAAGCUGGUUACAUCGGACAAGAUGUAGAGACAUGCAUAGAGCGACUGUUAAUCGAGGCGAACUACGAUAUUAAGGCGACUGAGCACGGCAUUGUUGUUCUUGACGAGUUUGAUAAGCUGGCUAAGAGAGAGAGCAUGAAUGGACGGGACGUCGGCGGAGAAGGCGUUCAGCAAGCCUUGUUGAAGCUGGUAGAAGGCUCCAAGGUAACUAUUAACGUUAAAGACAACAGAUCAUCGCGGUCCGCUUCGCCCAUUACGACAAACUAUACUUCGUCGAGCUCGACAUCGGCCCCACAAUCGACUCCGCCACAGGGGAAGGUUGACCAGUAUACCAUUGAUACCACAAACAUCCUAUUCGUUUUCUGCGGUGCCUUUGUUGGCCUCGACAAAGUUGUCGUGCGGAGGGUAUCUAAGCCUUCAAUGGGCUUUGGUUCCGAGUUGCGCGCGGCCCAGAGUAUUGGCGGCAACAAGCAUGCUCUCCCUCGUCAGCUUUUCUCUCACCUACCGCACGUCGAUGCGGGUGCGCCGGCUUCCGCAUAUACACCGCUCGACCUCACAACGCCUGUGGACUUGCAGGCAUUCGGAUUCAUCCCCGAGUUGAUUGGUCGAGUGCACAAUAUAUGUGCCCUUAGCCCAUUAUCUUUAGAUGAUCUUUUCAGGAUUUUAACGGAACCACGCAAUAGUCUGAUUGCACAGUAUACUGCCCUAUUCGAAACCUACCCUUCCCGUCUAUACUUUACCAGAAAAGCGCUAUAUGCUAUUGCUGAAAGAGCGGCGAAGUCAGAGACUGGCGCUCGUGGCCUCAAAAUGGAGAUGGAAAGAGUCUUGGCGGAGCCCAUAUUCGAUGCCCCCAUGCCGUAUGUACUGAUCACGGAGGGCUGUGUUAAAGGGACCGAGAAGGCCGGCUAUUGGGGGAAAGAUGGCCGUUUAGAAGUAGAACGGCGGAUGCAGGAAGAGGACGCUGAUAAUGCUUCACGUGACCCGGAUGUUACGUUUGAACAAUACCGAGAGGCAGGCCAGAGCGGCGCUUGA